AGUGUAAACAGAUUUAGACAAUGGCUUGACUUUUCUUUUCAAGUGGAAGCUUGCCUGACCGAGUCUUUAUUUGGAGUUUACUUGUGUUUGUCUUGUCUUUUUCAGCACAUGUUUUGUUUUAUGUGUCUCCUCCUAGAUAGAAGAUGAGCGAGGACGCAUUUGAGGUCCCAGAAAGGACAGAGUACCGUUACCUGGUACAGGAGGAGGAGGAAGAGGAGGUGCAGUAUGUUCGACACAGACAUUACAUCAGCCCCUUCCUGGUGCUCUCCAGGCGCUGCAUUUUGCUCAUCUGCCUUGGGGUGCUCGCUCUCCUUGUUUUGGCCACUUACCUGGGCUAUGUAGCCCAGACACUCCCACCCGGCCUUGUCCAAGUGACCACUGACUGUGGCGAAUACAGAGGAAGACAUAAAAAUGGGGCCUACUCCUUUAAGGGUAUGCCAUAUGCUGCUCCGCCAGUUGGUAACCUGCGUUGGGCACCUCCUGCCGACCCAGUGUGUCGGGAGGGGGUUACCGAUGCUAGCCACUUCCGCAGCAUGUGUCCUCAAGUGCGACCGUUGUCAAGUACAGGCAAGCUGAUGGGCCAAGAGGACUGCCUCUUUGUCAACGUGUGGACACCAACGCUCAAGACCAACUCAAAGCUGCCCGUCAUGGUCUGGAUCCAUGGAGGCUACCUACACAUGUUCAGUGGUGGAGAGCAAGGCUACUCACCCACAGAGAAGCUUGCCGCAGAAACUGGGAUGGUGUACGUCAGCUUCAACUACAGACUAAAUGCAUUUGGCUUCAUGGCUCUGGAGAUACUAAGGGAAGGCUCUCUCAAAAACACUUCAGGGAAUUAUGGCUUCAUGGAUCAGAUUGCUGCAUUAAAAUGGGUACAAAGAAACAUCCACAUUUUUGGAGGAGAUCCUGGAAAAGUUACCAUCUUUGGGCAGAGUUCAGGUGGAACCUCUGUAUGGACCUUGAUGAUGUCACCUCUUGCAAAGGAUCUCUUCCGUGCGGCAGUGGAUAUGAGUGGCUCAUAUGUAUAUAAUGCCACGCUGGAACAGGCUGAGUCGGGCAAUCUGGUCUUUCUGAAAAACACAGGCUGCAAGGACCUUUCAUGCCUUAGAAGUCUCUCGAUUAAACAGAUAUUACAGGCUGUCCCAUGGCAGCAAUACCCGUCUUGGGGUGCCGAUGAGCUGACUGACCUUCCAACCAGGGGGCACUUCUGUGGCCCUGUUGCAGUGGUGGACGGGUAUGUCCUUGAAGCGGCACCCUUUGAGAUAUGGGAAAAGAAAGGAGCCUACAAUGAUGUUGCCUUUGUCAUUGGGACAACAGAGCAAGAAGUGGACUUCAGUCCGCCAGCAGAAAACAUCUCCAUGUGGACAUGGGGCGACUACACGUGGUUUGUGACAGAGAAACUGAAGUCUUUUAGUGAGAAUCUUCCGAAAGCGGCAUUGGCGCUUUAUCCCUCCUCCGACCCCUGCCCCACCACAGACCGCUGUCCAGAGAGAGCAUACACGACCAUGGUUUCUGACAUCAGAGUGACAUGCCCCAACAAUGAUCUAGCCCAGAGGGCUGCAGAUGCCCUUCAGAGUCCCGUGUAUCGCUAUGUGGUGACACACACACCUUCUGGAGCCGUCAACACGACAAGUUCUCAGAUGCCGUUUCACAGCCGCUUCUCUUUCCACUGUUUGGAUAUCAUGGCUUUCUUUGGGGGACUGGAGCUACUUUUGGAGGGACCACUCUCUGAUCAGGACAAGAGUUUCCAGGAUCUCCUAACACAACAUCUUGUGUACUUUGCCAAAACAGGUAAGAUGGUGGAGGAGUGGUCACCUUACCCAUCAUCCAUUGCCCUCCUGUCCAGCAAGCUUUUGGUUGUCAACAAAUACUCAUCUGCUCGCUGCCAGUUGUGGAAAGAGAACGGCCUACAUGCCUAUGCAUGGAUAAACUGAUCAUACGUUAGCAUUCAUUUGACCAAAGACUUUUGAAAAGCCGUUCAGCUGUCAUUUGCUUGGCCAUGGGUUUAAAAACUUGCUGUGAAGGGAAUAUACUGUAUUGUAUUUGAUUUACACUUAAGAUAUGUCGCUAUAUUUUUUUUGUUAACAUCUAUUUUUGGGCAUCUAUCCAUUCUCUCCGUGGUGUUGGAGCCGAUCCCAGCUUACUUCAGGUGAAGGGCGAAGUCCACCCUGAGCUGGUUGUCGCAGGGCACAUAUAGACAGACAACCAUUCAGAUGUGUUGAAUGUCUUACACUUUGAAACAGGUUGCUAAAACAACAAGAAAACAUCAAAUUUAGGAUUAACCCAACGUUUUCAGCCCCAGACCCAAAUUGGAAAAUGUCUUUUGUCAAUGUGGUUGUCAUGUCUGCCUCUGGCAUCAGAUAUCGACUCCAGCCUUUCUGUGGCUUUUCGGUGGAACUCUGGCAUUCAAUAAACUUACCUGCUAAGUUAAUUGAAGGCUCUAAAUUGCCGUUAAGUUUGAAUGUGAGUGUAAAUUGUUGCUUGUCUAUGUGUAUCCUGUGAUUGACUUGACAAAUCAAGGGUAUACCCUGUCUAUUACCCAAAAGUCAAUUGGGUUGGGCUUCAGUUUUUCAUGGCUCUAAGUAGGAUAAAUUGUAUAGAAAAUGGGUGGAUGGAUGGUCCCAAAAAUGUAAAAAAUAAAAAAAUAAUGUAUAUUGCUCAGACCAUGUCUAAGUCCAGUCGCAAGGGUGACCGCUGGUCUGACACGAUUUUGGUGAAUUUGAAGGGGGCACAGGCAGACAGAUACUGAGGUCAGAGGUUAUAUUUAUUUCGCCAGUGUUUAUCACCAGCUCAUUGUGUAUUUAAUAAGGGUAUUGUCUGUUGCUACACCAUGGCCAGAGCCGUGACAAUCUUCCACUCAUGCACGGAUUGCUGCAUCGUCCUCUUACGCACAGUAUCAAUGUAUCCAUGCGAGAAUGUCAUUGCGUCGCAUUUAAAGGGAAUAAGAGGGCUGUAGACAAACCCACAGCGGUGCAGCCCACCCACUCCCAGAUCCGCCGGGGUGCGCUGGUGUGCAAAAUGGCCAACACUGGUCUAACCCGCCGCUGGCACACAGUUGUGCCGCCCGCCGUUCCGGAUUUAUGCCAUUCAUGAAAAUAGGGCCCUGUAUGUUUAUUAUGCUGCGAUCGGCUGGCGACCGGUUCAGGGUGUACCCCGUCUCCCGCCCGAAGAUAGCUGGGAUAGGCUCCAGCAGCCCACGACUCUAGUGAGGAUAAGCGGUCAAGAAAAUGGUUGGAUGGAUGUUUAUUAUUUCAUGAAGACAAAGUUGAAAUGUCUGUCUCUUACAGGUAAGAUGGUGGAUGAGUGGUCAUCUUACCCAUCAGCCUCCAUAUAUAUAAAUUCAGAGCUAACCCAGCACACUUCAAGCGAAAAGUCAGCUGAGUUAGUCUCCGUUUUUCAUGGCUCCAAGCAGGAUAAUUUAAUAGAAAAUGAGUGAAUGGAUGGUCCCUAAAAUGUAAAAAAAUAAUAUUUCUUUCCAUACAUUGACUUUCCUGCAAUAUCUUGACACAUAGCAUUUUAUUCUGGGUUCCCACCUUAGUUUGAGAUCGGCAGACAGGUAGGCAGGUAGUUGUAUACAUAUAGUAUUUUUCCUUCCCCCUCAUAACGUACUUUAAAGUAGCGGUCCCUGCCUUUUUUUUUUUUGCCCCAGAGACCGGUUUCAUGUAAAGACCUAUUUUGACGGAACGGCGUAGAAAAAACAAAUAAUGUCAUUAAAUAUGCAGGAUCACGCGGAAUGUCGUAUUUAGUGUGAAUCCUGCGCUUGUUUCUUUUCAAUGAGCUGGUCCCAUCUUGGGAUAACCUUUUUUCCUCUCUCAGUAAACUUCCACAGGGGUUGUCUUUUAAUGCCAGGUGUUUGGGCUCCAUGUGCCGAGGCAGUUUCGAUGGCUUCAUUGCCUCAAGUUACAUAGAGCAGGUUUGGUGCAAGAGUCAACUGGGUCAACUAGUAAUAAACCCGUACCUGCCAAUUUUGUCUCCGAAUUCCAGCAUUUUUUCCUAUUGGAAGUUGCUGGCUUUUCUUCUGUCUCAUUAUUUGGCCUGUUUCCCUUUUCGAAUAAGUUUUUCAAAAUCCAUCCAUCCAUUUUCUGUACCGCUUAUCAUCUCUAGGGUCGCGGGCGUACUGGUGCCUAUCCCAGCUAUCUUUGGGCGAGAGGCGGGGUACGCCCUGAACUGGUCGCCAGCCAAUCACAGGGCACACACAAAACAAUUUUUUUAAACUAUUUUUGCUAUCGUAUCACGUGACCGAGAUGAGCGAUUUGAUGGCGGCACAGGCAGAGUUUCAAAUUAUCAUUUCUUUAAGACUCUGUUGAAAAAUAAAAGAUUUGUUUUCUAUUUAUUGUGCAGCCUGGUAGUAGGAGACUCCUGGCUUAAUAUUCAAAGACGGCCAAAGAGGGGUCUCGCAGAUCACAGAGAUCAUGUAAAUUCCACACCGGAAUGGCAACAUAGAGUUGAGCGGAGAACCUUCUUAUUGAAAUGCACUAAAUUCAACUGAUAAUCAAUCAAUUUUCUAUGCUGCUUAUCCUCUUCAGCGUUGCGGCAAGCUGGAGUUUAUCCCAGCUGACUUUGGGCAAAAGGUUGACUACACUCUGAAGUGGUUGCCAGUCAGUAGUCGGCCAUAAAAACACAACUAUUCACUCUCAGGAUCAUCUUUAUUUGCCAAGUAUGUCAAAAACACAAAAUGAAUUUUUCGUUGGUAGUUGGAGCCGCUCUAGUAUGACUAAAGACACCCAUUUGACAGAAAAUACUUUUGAGACAUAAAAACACUGAGCAAUGAAAGGUUACCGGUAACAUUUAAACCGUCAAUGAGUGGGAACUGAACCCAUGCUACCUGCGUUGAAUUCAGGCAAAUGGGACACUACACCAUCAGUGACUCAACUGAGAAUAUGUGGUGUAACUAAUUCCUUAAGGGAAUUUGGCACUUGAGGUUGGGUUUAUGAUUGUGGAUUUUUAUUUAAAAAAAAAUUUUUUACAGUUGUAUAUAAAAAUUGGAUCUACAAUUUUUUUUUUUGUUACAAUAUUGCCCUCAUUAACAAAUGUCCAUGUAACAAGAACAAGACCACUGAGACGCUUUAAACUUUUUUCCACGCGCUUGCAUUUUUUUUUCUUUUUUCUUUUUGUUUUACAUUUUCUGUGAUGUGUUGUUUUUGUAGACGUGAUAUGUUUUCACAGAUUGGGUGAUUUGCUGAUAGAGCAUGGGGGAUUUUGAGUGGCACUAACCAUGUAUCCCCUUAUAUAACCAGUCUCUAUUGACGAGAAGUGAGGAAUUUUAACGUUUUAUGCUUAAAUCUUAAUUGUUUCGGAGUUUAAAAUUACUGCAUCAAAUGAAGGAUUUGUGCUGACGGGGAAAUCAUAAGAUUGCAGGUUUCAUUUUAUUUUUCCAUUUUAAAUGAGACAUGCAUUUUUUUCACAAUUGAAAACAGAUUCCAGGUUGAAAACAGAUCCCAGGUGUCGUCACUGUUUUUUUUUUUUUGAAGCAAUGACCCUCCUCAUACACGAAAUAAAAAUCAACCACACCCGACAUGAGCACUUGGCAAUGGAGGCAAGCAAAAGCUCCCUCUCAAGAAGUUAAGCCAGGUCUUUUUUUUGUGUGUGUUUGCAUUUGAGUGUGUAUUUUCACUGGUGACGUCAGCACUUCAUCACCAAGCUCAGAUGUUAUAUGGCAGAUGCUGUAGACUCAUAUGGCAGAUGCUGUAGACUCAUUCUCAAUCGUUUAGUCAGGACUUUUUCAUCAAGCUCUGAUGUAUCCGGCACAUGGUGCAGACACGUUGCCAAACGCUACCGAGACCCAAUUACAUUAGCAUAUAAGAAACGAAAAAGUACAAUUUUCAAAAUAUGUCCCCUUUAAAGAAAUGAUUGACCCACGAGACAACACAAAGCUGUUUGCACUAAUUCCUAACUUUGUUUCUUGUGUAUCAUUCUUUGCACUUUCCUGUGAAUAGAUGUCAUUGUACAUGUAUUGGAUUCUAUUAGCAUAAACAAGUGAGUGAAGUGUGCUAUGAAGCUGUUAUUACCAAAUAAAACAAUUUCAUAGUA